AUGGAAUUCCGAGUAGGGAUGGUCUUCCCAAAUCGCGAUGCCGUCCGAACUUGUGCGACUUCUUAUUCGGUCGGGGUGGGAAGGGAGUACAAGGGUCGCUGGACUACCAACUCCACAAUAGUGUUGGUUUGUAGGCACAACCCUGUCUGCAAAUGGUGGUUGCACGCUACACUUCUGCAAUCAACUCAGACGUGGACGUUGACAAAAUAUAUUGGCCCGCACACGUGCAAUCAGCUGUUACCUGAUCCAAACCAUCGGAAUUUUGGGUCUGGUCCGAUCGCAGACUAUAUCAAGGGUCAAGUAAAGCUGCAACGUGACAUACGGAUUGAUACCCUCAAAGCUGGAAUUUGGCAACAAUAUGGAGUUAGGCCUCCGUAUAAACGAACCUGGAAUGCAAAGGAAAAGGCAAUAGCUGAUGUUUACGGUGGCUGGUAUGAAUCAUUUUCUAUGGUUCACAAGUUCAUGAACGAGAUGAUGCAUGUCAGCCCUGGAUCUUUCUGGCAUGCAGAAGUUUUGUUCGUCGACGGUACUCAUUUGUAUGGCAAAUACAAAAUGAUCUUGUUGACCGCGUCGACAAUCGAUGGGAACAGUCACAUCAUGCCACUGGCAUUUGCACUUGUUGAAUCUGAAAGUACUGCCAGUUAUGAGUACUUUUUUGAACAUUUGCGUGAGCAAGUGAUUUGUGAAAGGAAGGUGGCCAUUAUAUUUGAUCGGCACGCUGGAAUAUUUUUGGUUCUGAAGCGUCCUGAAUGGGCCGAAGUCGCUCACAAGUUUUGCAUCAGACAUUUCUGUAGUAAUUUUCAGACCAAGUUUAGGAACAAGGUUUUGAAAAAGCUGGCGGAGAAAGCAGGCCGAGCAUAUCAGAAGAAGAAGUAUACUCGCUACAUGGACGCGAUCAAGAUUAGAAGACCAGAAGCGUAUGCAUGA